AUGAAUUUAGGUACAAUCAAGCGGAAGGACGGACGAACAAUUGGUCCGGCUCGUUGGCGGGAAUUGCAAGGGUUACUGAAAUUAUGUAACCUCUGUCAUUACUGGUCCCGGAAGCACCAAAUCUCUAUGGCUCGUGGGUCUACUAUGGCCUUGGAAACCACACGGCCGCGACUAAGAAAAUCCAAAACACAACCCCAAAUGUCCAUUUUCGAGAUAAAGGCCGAACGAAUCCAACAACAUAGUCAACAGGGGCUUGAGAACAAUUUUUAUGUGUUUUGA